GGCACGAAUUCGCCAACGUCGACAAUUUGCUCGGCCCACCCGAAUGGUCGCCAUGGGGGCAAAAAAUCUAUUUGGGCCAGUGUCGUGAUGGCUGCAGCAGUCAGUCGGCGAACGAGCUCCGGCGUAUAUCGAACGAUCUUCAUUCCAAGAGCGACACCUGUCCGAGAUGAGAUUGCAGUGCCUGUUGUUGCUGGCGCCACUCCUGGCGCUGGUGCUCUGUGGCCAAGUCCUUGGCCAGGAUAUGCCCGAACAAGCCACAGCCACAACGGGGGAUGCUGACGAGCAGGAGAUCUCUGGCAAUGCCACCACCCCUACGAGGACCCGCAUUCCCACCGGGGAAGAGAUCCUUGCCCAGAUGCCACCCCUCAGCCCUGUGCGCAGCGGUGUGCCCUCCUUAGAUGCCUUCUUCAUGGUCUUCCCCGCCCUGGACAGACUACUGCAUUGGGGAGCGCUCUUUCCGGCUUCCUCGCUCCUCGGCGCCGUGCCCGAUGCUUACCAGCCCGCGGCGGCGGCAUCAAAGGUGGUCCUAGUCUUGGCCGAUGAUCCCACGGCCAAGACCCCGUGCCCCCGACAGGAUGUCCCACCACCGCCGAACCCGUUCGGCCAGCUCCUGGCCCAAAUGCCCAACGCAAACUUUGCCCAAGGCUUGAUGAAUCCGGCAAACUUUAAUCCGGAUAGCUUCAAUAUCGGACAGAUGGCCCCCAAUGUGGGUCAGGCUCUUACCAAUAUGCAGCUUCCAACAAUGCCGCAAUUCGGAUUCGGGAGCAUCCUGGGUGCCGCGCCUCCACCGCCGCCCGCCAGUCUGCCGCCAGCCCCAGAAGAACCUGCCCCGCCCGCAGAAAAGCCAGCCGAUGAACCAGCUGCCCCAGUGGCAGCUCCGAAUCCCUUCGCGUUCCUGACUCCCGGCAACUUUGAUGUGAAUCAAAUGCUGGGUCAGGCACAACAGGCUCUGCCUCCGAUGCCCAGCAACUUUGAUGUGAAUCAAUUGCUGGGUCAGGCGCAGCAGGCUCUGCCGCCGAUGCCCAGCAACUUUGAUGUGAAUCAAUUGCUGGGUCAGGCGCAGCAGGCUCUGCCACCGAUGCCCAGCAACGGAGAUUUCUUCAGCAAUCUGCGACAGAUGUGGCCGGGAGCACCGCCACCCGCCAGUCCUGGCCCUGCGCCCGGCUCUGAUGGCCAGGCCUCGGACAUAUCCGAGGUGCGUGUGAGGCCCGAGGCGGCCUACACGCAGGAGAACGAUCUGGAUGAAAAGAAGCGGGUGCCACUGCUCUGGUUUCGCAUGCCCAUGAACCGUCAGGGCGAUGAGGGCGAGCCCAAGUCGGUGGAGGAUCUGCGCGUCGAGGAAAAGCUGAGGGCGUUCGAGCGCCAGGUGAUUGCCGAGCUGAAGAUGCUCCAGCAGAUUGAGCGCGUGGCCAAGGAGAUGCGCUCGAGUGCCGCCUCCAGCAGUGGCAGCUCCCCCUACAAGGUCAGCUAUACCCUAAGUCGCACUCCCGUUCACAAGAUCACACGGGCGGACAUUGAGCAGGUCCUGCGCGACGACUACGUCCGCCGUCUGCUGCACAAGGAGGCACAGCGCAAGUUGCGCGCCAACCAUGCCGCCUUCAAGCGCCAGACCAUGCGCUCGGAUGAAUCCAUGUCCAAGGAGGAUAUUGUCAAGAUCAUGGCCUACGCCUACCGCAUGGCAACAGAGCAGCAGACAGCGGACCAGGAGAAGAGCAAGGAGGACAAGAUCUAUGCCGCCUACCGAGCCACUGGAGAGGCGCAAGGGAAGCCACAGAAUCCACAAAUUAUGCAGCAGCAGCAGCAGCGACAGAUGCAGAUGCAGCAGCAGCCCAUGCCUCAAAUGCAACAGAGGCAGUGGGAAGCCGAGAAAAACGAGGCCAAAAUACAACAGAAUCCCAUGAUGCAGCAGCAGCAGCAGAGACAAUGGGAAGCCGAGCAAAACGAAGCCAAAAUGCAACAGCAGAGGCAGAUGAUGGCGGAACAGCAGCAGCCCAUGAUGAUACAGCAGGGGCAAAUGGAACAGCAGCCCAUGAUGAUGCAGCAGAGGCAGUGGGAAGCCGAGCAAAAGGAGGCGAAACUGCAACAGAACCCCAUGAUGAUGCAGCAAAGGCAGAUGAUGGCGGAGCAGGCGCAACAGCAGGGGCAGAUGAUGGCGGAACAACAGCAACAGCAGCAGCAGCGGCAGAUGAUGGCGGAGCAUGCGCAAAUGCAACAGCAGCAGCCCAUGAUGCACAUGCAGCAGCGCAUGGAGCAGCAGCCGAUGAUGAUGAUGAUGCAACAGCCCGUGCGAAUGGAUCAGCAGCCCAUGAUGAUGCAGCAGCGACAGAUGGCAAUGGAGCCUCCACAAAUGCAACAGAAUCCCAUGAUGAUGCAGCAGAGGCAGUGGGAAGCGGAGAAACACGAGGCCUUAAUGCAACAGAAUCCCAUGAUGAUGCAGCAGCAGCAAAGACAAAUGACAAUGGAUCCAAUGCAAAUGCAGCAGCUGGACAUGAAGAUGCAGCAACGGAAUGAGGACCCAAUGCACGCAGCCCGUCAGUGGGGCGAGCCCCAACAGGGGGAUGCCAACGCAGCAGAAGAUGUUGAAGCGAUGCUGGGCGAGGCAGAGCCACAGAUGCCGGAGGUACCUGGCCAGGCACGCCACAAAGUCGAUCUUCUGGGCGUCGGCGGAAACAAGCGCAAGAAGUCUAAGCAUGGCCAAGGAUCGCCCACAGUGAUCAACUACUAUGCCGUUCAGCAGCAGACCCGGCCACAGCCCAGCUAUGGGACCAGCUACGGUGGUGGCGGCUACGGAUCGAAUGCUUACGGAGGAAGCGGCGGCUAUUCGAGCUCCGGCGGCGGCUAUUCGAGCGGUGGCGGCGGUGGAUAUCGGGCUGCUGUUGGCAAUGAGGAGGUCGACGAGAUGCUGCGACAGCAUCAGACUAUGGCGAGGACAAUAAAUUCCGGCGAUCCCAACGGAGUGCAGCAGCAGCACCACCAGCAGCAGCGAAGCAGUAACCAGACGACCCUAGAAACGACAACGCCAACAGCAACGUCGCCACAGCGACUACACAAAAGUCAAUCAUCAGCAUCAACCGCAUCUGAAUCCGCAUCCGCAUUCGCAACCGAGUCAGAGUCCGAGUCCGAGUCCGAAUCCGAUCCAACAUUGGGCUCCAAAUACGCCUACGCCGAGGGCCUAUUGCAUCCGUAUAUGGGCCUGCUGCCAGUGGCUCGACCCGAUGAUCCCUGGACGCACAAGGCCUACGAUCCCCACCAUGCGCUGUACACCGGCGGCGGCAGCUAUGCGGCCUACCUCAAGGACAACGACGGCCGGCGGCGUCGGGAUACGCACAUCAUGCCACAGAUGCCCCAGCAGAGAAGCCUACUCACACCCGAUAUGCUGGAGCGACUGUUGCGCAUCAAAAUCGAAUUCCAGCGACGCUUCCCGCAUCUCUACAAGACCAUGCUCAGCCACCACACCAACCAGACGCGCGUAGAGGUGCAGCCACCGCUGCUGGGUACGAAGACAGCCGAAGAAGAACCCAAACCCAAACCCAAGUCCAAAUAUGAGUCGGAGGAGGGGCCCGUUUACGAGCUGGGUGCCGCCGAGCGGGGACUUUUCGAGGAGGAGGAAGAUCAAGCGGUGGCAGAGGCAGUACCCGACCUGGAUCUGAAGGAGAGUCAAGAGUCGAGCGAUACCAACAACAACAACGACAACAACGACGACGAUGAUAUGGACAACAACUCUGGCAGAAAGGAGCAGGAUGACAACGAACUCGAUUACUUUAGCUUCGAUGAUAAUGAUAAUGAUAAUGAUGAUGAUGAUGAUACGGAUAAUAUUGAUGAUUAGACUUUUGCUAUUCCAAAAUAAAACAAAAACCAACAAUUUGCAUUCCCCCCAAACAAUUUGCUUACCCCGCUCAGGCAGAAGC